AUGAAGGCCUUUGCAGCUUCUUUCCUGGCGGCAGCCCUGUACGCGGCGACGGCCUCCGCCGACCCCAUUCAGGCAUGCCCCAACGACGUUUGCUUCCAGGUCGCUGUGCCCCAAGCUGAUUCGAGCUCUGGUACCGGCAACCUUUACUUCCAGAUGUCUGCCCCGACCAGCUACCAAUGGGUUGCUCUGGGAACCGGCUCGACCAUGUCUAACUCGAACAUGUUCAUCAUGUACACCGAUGGCAGCGGUAACGUUACCAUCAGCCCCCGUACUGCACGCGGUCACAACAUGCCCACGCUCUCCUCGAGCACCAAUCUCCAGCUCCUCGCCGGCUCCGGCGUCAAGGACGGCAAGAUGAUCGCCAACGUCCUCUGUACCAACUGCGCAAGCUGGAGCUCUGGUACGAUGGCCCUCAACUCGGCCACCAGCUCCUGGAUUGGGGCUUGGAAGUCGGGCAGCGCUAUCAACUCGGCCAGCACCAGCCAGAGCAUCCAGCAGCACGAUGACCACACCAACUUCAACAUCGACCUGACCAAGGCAACUGUGCAGACGGACAGCAACCCCUUUGAGCGCACAUCCAGCGGUGGCAGUGGCAGUGGCAAUGGCAGCGGAAACGGCAGUGGAAGCGGCAGUGGAAGCGGCAACGGAAACGGGAAUGGCGGUUCCACCAGCGGCGGUGUUGUAUUUAACGGAGGUAGCGGCGGCUUGUCCAAAGUCCUCCUCGCUCACGGCAUCGUAAUGUCGAUCGUGUUUAUUUUCUUGUACCCUGUCGGAGCCAUCCUCAUGCCCUUGGUGGGCAAGUGGAUGGUCCAUGCUGCCUGGCAGUCGGUCGCCUUCCUGCUCAUGUGGGCUGGUUUCGGCACUGGCUACGUCUAUGCCCGCGACAACGGAUAUCUCUAUGCGCAAACCCACACUCUUCUGGGCACUGUAGUCGUCGCCAUGCUGGCCAUCCAGCCGUUCCUCGGAGUGGCACACCACAAGUACUACAAGAAGCACCAGACCCGUGGCAUCGUCAGCCACGCCCACAUCUGGUACGGCAGGGCUCUGAUGUUUCUCGGAAUCAUCAACGGCGGUUUGGGCCUCGAGCUCGCUAGCUCGUCCCGGUCCUAUGUCAUUGCGUAUUCUGUAAUCGCCGCUAUCAUCGGCGUCGCGUGGGUUGGGUCCGCGGUAUGGGGCGAGAUUCGCCGGUCCGAGCGCACCCGCACUGUCAAGCGCGAGCAGAGCUACGACUCUCCGGGCUCGCAGCAGCGUAUCCCCUACCGCCAAAAGAAAUAG